AUGCAAGGGUUCAUACACAAGGCUGCAUCUUCCAUUCUCUUUAUCGUGCUGGUAGUGCAGGCAGUUUCGGCCUACAAGAAGAGGCCGGAACCUUGCAAGAGGCUGGUGCUCUACUACCACGUCUUGUUCGACGGCACCAAUGAGGCCAACGCUACAUCUGCCAUUGUUUCCAACAUCACCAAGCUCGGCGACUUCAAUUUCGGACAGUUUGUAGUUUUUGACGAUCCUAUGACCGAUGACCACCACCUUCUAUCCCCGCCGGUCGCCCGGGCGCAGGGCUUUUACUUCUAUAACAUGAAGACUACGUACAAUGCCGGAUUUGCUUACAAACUGAUAUUCAACUCAAGCGACUACAAAGGAACCCUGAACCUGAUGGGUGCAGACAUAAUUGCUCAGGAGGCUCGGGACAUUUCAGUGGUGGGUGGCACAGGAGACUUCUUCAUGGCAAGAGGGAUCUGCACAUUACGAACUGAUACAUUCCAGGGUAAUGCUUAUUUCCGUCUGCAGAUGGACAUCAAGCUGUAUGAAUGUUAUUGA